CUUAAUAACAAAAUAAUUGCUGAAUGGCAUUAAACAUCAGACAAAGAUAAUAUGUCAGCCCUCAUGGUUGGAUUAUUCCUGUGCUGCUGAUCUAUUUCUGCUCUCACAAUAUUGUUUUCUUUGGUCGUUCCAGCUUUGUGUGUAUAGGCCUCACAAAGGCGUGUUGUGAAUAGUGACAGCGGAAUUCAAAUGCUCUUCCCACUUAUCUCUCUGGCAAAAGUUGCAAAUAGACACCAUGUCCAAACGAAGGACAUGAGACAGCUGUUUCUAUAAAUAACCUCGACCCUCUUACCUACCACGAGGCCCUCGUGCCUCGUUCCUGCCUCACCACAGCAAGCCAGCUCUGUCCCAGCCAAAUGCAUAACACCCAGACAGAUCGCAACAGAGGAUAUCAACAAAGCAGCAAACAGAGGGAGCAAAACACUUGACGCACAGAGCUGUUUGACAACAGCUCCCACCAAGAGAUCUGCUGGUACAAAAAGCAGGGGGAAAAAACCUGGAAACAUGAAGUCCCUGCGAUUUCUAGCAGCUGAGGGUUUCAUCCAGACUGGUCCAACCGCUCUGGAGAAUCUCCCCUGCGUGUCUUUUAAUCUUUACCCACUUCUCUUCAAAGCCUGCUACCUCCAUGAGCAGGCUGACAUGCUGCAUGCUCUGGUUCAAAUGUGGCCUCUUCCCGAACUCAACCUACAAUGGCUUCUGGGAAAGACAGUCGACUGUCAGAUGGACCUCACCUCACGCACCUGUCGGCUUUGUCUGGAGGCGAUUCUGACUGGCUUAAAGGAUUAUGUGCUGUCUCCUCCACAAACUUACGCCAAGUGCCUUCAUGUGGUGGACCUCACUGCCCUGAAAGACAUCGAACACCAGGAAUGCCGCUGCCGGUCCACCCUGGGUCGAUGGGCAAGAACCCAGCUCCUCACCCAAAUGUGCUAUGAGACCAUGGUGGCCAUGCAAGCCAACAACGUGUCCAGAUCCGCAUUUGAAACAUCUAUUGAUGUCCGUCUGAACGGGUUUGUCACGGGCCGCAACUAUGAGCUGGUGGCUCAGGCCUUCCUCCUCCUCCACUACUGUCCACUGAAGCUCCGCUUCGUCAGCUUCCGGGCUGAUUCCCUCGCUCUCAAGCAGCUCUUCUACGUUCUUCGACUAGCAGAGCCGGAGUCUAUCACAAAGCUGGAGGUCGUCCACAACGUCCCCCUGGAGGCCACACACCUGGAGGUGCUGCUGUCCAGGGUGGAAUUCCCUAAGUUACAGUCUCUGACCCUGCCUGCUGGGGCGUUGGACGUCAGGAGGUUGGGUUCUGAUGAUGAUCUGCUGGCCACCAUCGGUAAUCUGCUGGCACAGCUGAGCAGCCUGACUGAGCUCUACGUGGGAUUCUCCACUCUAACUGGACACCUACGCAGACUGCUGAAUCCUCUCAACACGCCUCUGCAGUGCUUGGAGUUGGCCAACUGCUGCCUGAACCGUGUGGACAUGACAUACCUGGCCAACAGCCUCCACAGCGAGGCCCUCGUCCGCCUGGACAUCAGCGGACAUGACAUCUUCGGUUCUUUCUCCACCGCUUUCCACAAACUGCUCAGCCGUUGUUCACCCACAUUAGCCAGCCUGGGCCUUGAAGAAUGUGACAUCAAGGACGAGCACAUGGACGCCUUCACCGAUGCCCUGGCUCAGUGUCAGGCGCUGGAAGAGCUCAAAUUCCUGGGAAACCCUCUGAGCUCUGCAGCCCUGCGGAGGCUAUUCUCCAUGUUAACUGCAGGCUUUCCUAAGUUAAGGUACAUAGAGGUACCAGUUCCCCGUGAGUGUUACUCUGAGGAUGUUACUUAUCCUCUUGAUGAUUCAGUCCUACUGCAUUAUAACAGGGAGUUGUUUCAGGAGGUCAGGGGCCAGUUGGUGGGCAUCCUGGAAGGAGCAGAUAGGGGGAGUGUGAAGGUGUGCACCCCACUUAUGGGGGUGUAUGAUCCAGACAUUAAUGAAACCAGCAAUGAGCUGGGAGUAUCUAUGUUAAAGUCUUUUAACAGUGUCAUUGGGAACUUUAUAGAUACAAUAAGCGAUGUGGACAACAGGAGAUCACAGGCUCAGAAAGAUAAUUAACGAAGCUGUCUGUAGAAGUGAAUGGACUGACAGAAAAGGCUCAUAUUUAAUUUAUAGCUCUGCUACAGUUUGCUAGCAAACCGUCAUCACUGAAGGCCAACACUGUGAAAAUAAAUCUGGUGAACUAGAUUUGUUUGACUAUAGAUUAACAUUAUAUUACAGGAAUUCCAUUCCUGAUUAGAUAUUAUCUCUACAGAAGAUCAUUAUUUUCCUACCAGUACCUCCUACAGUCUGUAAGCCACACAGGUGUGCAGUGCAGAUAGAUGUAGCUACUCUAGUGAUUAUGGUAGAUACUUGAAGAUAUUUUGUUUCCUGUAUCUAUUGUACAUGUCUAUAUUCUGAUCUAAAUGUUGUAUAUAAUUGAAUUUGUAAAGGUAAACAAUGGGCAGAUCCCAUGUGUUUCAUUCUGUCAUACCAAUAAAUCAAAAUUUACAACA